GCGCAGAGAAGAUGGCGGAUGUUGUGACGGUCGGGGUGAAUCUGGAUGCCUUCUCUCACGCCAUCAGCGGGAUCCAGGCGCUGCGCUCCAGCGUGAGCCGGGUGUUCGAGUCCCUGAAGGAUGGCAUGAAGAACCGGGAGACUCUGGAAAGUCGAGAGAAGCAGUUUAUAUCCGAGUUCCAGGACAACCUGCUGGCGGUCAACAGAGACCUGAAUGAGUUGGAGCGUCUCAGUAGUCUAGUGGGUCGUCCCUCAGAGUCCCAUCCUCUGCAUAACAGUGGUCUGUUGAGUCUGGACCCAGUCCAAGAUAAAACCCCUCUGUACUCGCAGCUGCUGCAGGCCUACAAAUGGUCCAACAAGCUGCAGUAUCAUGCUGGUUUGGCCUCCAGUUUGUUAAACCAGCAGUCACUCAAGCGGUCAGCCAAUCAGAUGGGAGCUUCAGCCAAGAGACGACCCAAAGUCCAGCCCAGUACUCUGGUCCUCCCCAUUCAGUAUGUAGAUGAUGUCAUUACCCGGAUCGGCAGAUUGUUUCCUGAUAUGACCAUUGAGCUGUUCAGACCCAACGGGACAUCAGCUGUGCUACUGGUGACCCUAGGGAAGGUGUUAAAGGCCAUAGUUGUGAUGCGUUCCCUUUUCAUUGAUAGAACCAUCGUCCGAGGUUUUAACGAGCAUGUUUACACCGAGGAUGGAAAGCUGGAUAUUUGGACCAAGUCUCAGUACCAGGUGUUUCAAAAGGUAACAGACCAUGCCACCACCGCUCUGCUGCACUACCAGCUGCCCCAGAUGCCCGACGUAGUAGUUCGCUCUUUUAUGACGUGGCUGCGCAGCUACAUUAAACUCUUCCAGUCUCCCUGUCAGCGCUGCGGUCGUUUCCUGCAGGACGGACUUCCUCCAACAUGGAGGGACUUUCGGACACUGGAGGCGUUCCACGACACCUGUCGGAUGUAAAUCACAACUUCCUGUUUUUUGUUUGUUUGUUUCUUGUAAAAA